AUGGCGCCCAAGAAGAAGCGCGGGCCGAGCGCCGGGCGCCGGGCAGGCGCGGCGGGAGAGGGCGCCAAGCCGCUGUCGGAGCGCGCUCAGUACCUGCAGCGCGAGCACAAGCUGCUCUCGGAGCAGCUGAGCGCCUGCGAGGAGCGAGUCGACCGGCUGCUGCAGGAGAACGAGUUCCUGGACCGCGAGGCGCAGCGCCUGCGCGACGAGAACCGGCUCUACGCCAGCUACGUGAGCGCGCGCGCGCAGCGCUGCGCCAACGCCAUCGUCCGGCUGGAGGAGCAGAACCGCGUGGACCUGACGCAGAUCUGCUGGCAGCGCGCAGAGCUGGUGUCGCUCUACCGCGGCCGUGAGCACGGGGUGCGCGCGCAGCUGCUGGAGAUGGAGGCGCGCGCGGCGCAGAUGGCGCAGCAGGUGCAGGAGCUGCAGCCUUACAAGGAGCUGCAGCUGGAGCAGCUGGCCCGGAUCCGGGCGCUGGAGCGCGAGCUCCUGCAUAUGCGCGUGGAGCACACGCAGCUGCUCCACGGCGUGAAGCGGCGCUUCCUGGAGGACAAGGCAGCCUUCGAGCGCGAGGCGCGCCAGCGCGUGCAGUCCCUGGCGCGGCGCGCGGAGCGGGAGGCGGCGCGCGCGCUCAUCGCGCACACGCAAGCCAUCAGAGCGGACAACGGGCGCCUGCGGCAGGAGCUGCUGCGGCUGCUCCGCCGGGCCCAGGUGCUGCACGACACGCGGCGCCAGUUGCUGGAGCAGCGUGAGCAGCUGCGGCGCGAGCACGAGGACACGCGGGACCUGGCGCGCGUGCACGGCUGGCUGCGCCGGGGCCCCGAGGGCCCGCCGCUUUGGCAGCCGCCGCAGGCCGCCUCGCACCCCGAGUCCUUUGCCUCCACCACGAGCCCGUCGCGCGCGACCUGCCGGGUCCCAUCAGUCUCGGCCUCCCAGAACCCGUCUCAGGCCUCGUGGCGCGCGGCCGCUUGGGCCCCGUCGCUGCUCUCGAAGCUCGCGGUUCCCUGGGUCCGGUCAGGGGUCUCGUCGCUGGCCCCUUCGAAGGCGGGUUCACGGGUCCCCUCCCCGGACCCAUUGCAUGCGGGCGCCAGGGUCCCGUCCUUGACCCUGUCGCGCCCGGGCUCCCGGGUCCCACCCUUGACCCCAUCGCGCCCCGGCUCCCGCGUCUCUUCGCGUUCCUCAUUGCGUACCGCCUCACAGAACACCACCCUCUCUGAGAAGUCCGUCCCCGGGUCGGGCUCUUCCCGUCUCCCCGUCGAAGGAGACCGUGAACGUGACGCUGCAGGCGAAGGCGCCUCGGGGAGAGCCUAAACCUACCCGGAGGAAGGGCGGUGAGGCCAGACGGUGGGGGGAGACGGGUGCGCAGAACGCGGAUGUGGUGAGUAGAGUAUCAAUAAAGAUGUGGCCCCCUCCACCCCUCUCCGCUCUGGCACCGCCUGCUUCGCUGUCCAGCACUUCCGGCCGGCGCAGGGGCCGCUUAUUACGGCUUCCAGUUUCCAAGCUGCAAGGUGGCGUGAUCGUCCUUCUCCCUGCGUGUGUGCCAGGACUCGGUGUCCCUCCACUCCACCGCUGCCCUCCGGCUGCUCUGGCAGCGGCAGAGGGAGUCGGCCACGCUAUCGUCCUGCCCACGAGGGCUGACAGUGUGGUGGCGGAGAUGGACAUCGCGGGCUGGACAGGUAGUAUGCGAGCAGGAAGGGAGUCUGGCGGGCCAGGGAGGAGCUGGUCCGCUGCGUGUGGCGGCGGGAGGGCCAGCGUGGUGCGAGCUGCUCGGGAGAGCCAUGGGGGGGGGGGGGGAGCCACGGGCGUUUCUAUGUGUAACGUGUUGGUUUGUUUUGUAUUUUUGUUUGCUUGCUUUUCCGCGCCGCGCGGCUUGCGGGAUCCUAGUUCCUGGAGCAGGGAUUGAACCCAGAACCCGACGGUGAAAGUCCUAACCACUGGACCGCCAGGGAAUUCCCGGGGGUGGGGAGGGGUAAUUUUUAAUUUUGAUUCAGCUGUCAGUCCCAGUGCUCGGCCGGAGGGAAGCUGUCUCUCACCUGUGGUUUGCAUUCAUCCACGGCUGCAUCCGGCAGGAAACCAGGCCCCACGCACCCUCAGCGCUGGCCGAGGGAUAGGGAUUUCAUGCUG